AUUGUCAUUUACACACAGGUUCACUUUAUUAAAAUGAAUGUUUGGAAGGAACAAUUGGAACACAAUACACAAGAAGAAGAAGAUGAUGAUACAUUUGAAGAAUCCUAUAUUUUGGCUGCACUACUUGGUGAGUAUGCAACAAAAUAUUUAUGCAAAGAGCCAUGUAGAACUAGUGAGCUCACAGGUCAUGCAUGGGUUCAAGAAAUAUUGCAAGGGAAUCCCACUCGUUGUUAUGAGAUGUUUCGAAUGGAAAAACAUAUUUUUCAUAAACUUUGCCAUGAAUUGGUGGAACAUGAUUUAAAGUCUUCUAAACAUAUGGGGGUUGAAGAAAUGGUUGCAAUGUUUUUGGUCGUUGUAGGCCACGGUGUCGGUAAUAGAAUGAUUCAAGAAAGAUUUCAACAUUCGGGUGAGACUGUAAGUAGACAUUUUUAUCGUGUACUUCAUGCAUGCCUUAAGUUGUCCUUCAAAUAUAUUAAACCCGAAGAUCCUAUGUUUCGUGAAUGUCAUGCCAAAAUUAAAAAUGAUCAACGUUAUUGGCCUUUUUUUAAGAAUGUUAUAGGAGCAAUUGAUGGUACACAUGUGUCAUGUGUAGUUAGUGCAAGUGAGCAACCAAGGUUUAUUGGAAGAAAAGGAUAUCCAACACAAAAUAUUAUGGCUGUAUGUGAUUGGAAUAUGUGUUUCACUUUUAUAUUAGCUGGUUGGGAAGGCACUGCCCAUGAUGCCCUUGUUUUUGACAAAGCUCUUACUACUGCUAACCUUAACUUUCCGCAUCCUCCUCAAGGUAAGUAUUAUUUGGUAGAUUCUGGUUAUCCAACACCAAUAGGGUACAUUGGUCCAUACAGAUGUGAACGUUAUCAUCUUUCUGAAUUUAGACGUUCAAGUGGGUUCGAAAAUCAUAAUGAAGUAUUCAAUUACUAUCACUCAAGUUUAAGAUGCACAAUUGAAAGAACUUUUGGGGUAUGGAAGAAUAUAUUUGCAAUUCUGCGUAGCAUGCCUAAGUUCAAAUAUGAGACGCAAGUUCAUAUAGUUGUCGCAACAAUGGCAAUACACAACUUUAUUAGAAGGAGUGCUGAAAUGGAUGUUGAUUUUAAUCUUUAUGAAGAUGAAAAUACAGUCAUUCACCAUGAUGAUGAUCAUAGAUCAACUAACUUGAAUCAAUCCCAAAGUUUCAAUGUAGCUUCUUCUUCAGAGAUGGAUCAUGUUCGAAACUCAAUCCGCGAUCAGAUUAUAGCGUAUAAGCUAAAUAAUUAAAAAUGUAAUA